UCGGACCCAACCAGUCUUAAUCAGAGUACACGAAGAUCCUUUUUUUUCUUUCCUCUUCAGAGGUACGCUGGGUCUGCUCUCUCCUUCCUCUCUCUCUGUCCGUGUCAUCGUCGAGAUCAUGAAGCUCGUCCCGGUCCUGUUGCUUGUCGCAGCGAUCGUUUUCGCCGCCGAGGAGAAGAAGGAGGAAGAACGUCCUAAAACGUUUAGAAGACUCAUACCUGCUGACGUUCUUCGCGAUUUCCCCGGUAUGUGCUUCGCCUCAACAAGAUGCGCUACCAUCGAACCAACGAAAUCCUGGGAUUUGACACCAUUUUGCGGCCGUUCCACUUGCGUGCCAGCCGACGAUAACUCUGGUCGCCUCUUCGAACUCGUUGAAGACUGUGGACCGCUGCCGAAGGCUAACCCGAAAUGCAAACUCUCAGACAAAACUAACAAGACUGCCACGUUCCCAGACUGCUGUCCCAUUUUCGAAUGCGAAGAAGGAGCGAAACUCGAAUAUCCGGAAAUUCCGACUUUGCCUCCACCCACGGAAAUCGUAGAGACCGAGAAAACCCCGGAAGCGGCUCCGGCGAAGGCUUAAAUUCUAAAUUUAAAAAGAAAUUUCAAAGAAACGAAAAAAAUGCAGGUCGUGAUUUUUGUAAACUACAAUAAAUUGAACGGUCGAUUAAAAAGUAGAAGUCGAAGAUCUGUUAUCGUAUUCUGAGAUAACUGUUUUUAAUAACUGAAACAGGAAAAAAUAAUUUUAGUUGAGAAUUUUUUGUCGAAAAGAAUGGUAACGUCUUUACUUAAAGCAAAAAGAAUAUGUAUCACUUUUAACGUCGCGCAUCGAUACCCGUUGUUUCAUCACGAGAAGGCGGUUUACUGCAACAUCCUGUUACCCUUCAACGCAAUUCGACUUAACUUAAUGCGAGACUAAAAUUAUACACUGUAUAUAAUUCAGGAGUUAACUCGAAGAACUUAUCAAAAAAUAGUAAAACAUACAUAGCUUAGAUAGAAGUAAGCGUAUUGUUAACAUUAUCAUUGAUAAACGAUGAUGUACAAGUAAUAUCAGUGUUUCGGAAUCUGUUCGAAAAUAUUGAGUUUCUUCAGUCUCCUAGUCCCGGAAAUCGAGACUUAGAUGCUCCUAUAGCCGUUUUGUUAUUCCCUUCUCCAAACAAUAAUUGUCACAUAAAAAAUUAAUUCUUUCUUUUUCUCCAAAAGUAGAAAGUCUUGCGUAUGUAAUGUAAAAACAUGUGUGACUGUAAUUAUAUGUGAUUAAAUUAAUACUUAUUUAAUUCAAUACUA